AUGGGCAAAGGUUACAAUGCGCGUAUCGCCUCGAAUCCAUAUAUCGUUGGCACAUUCGCAUGUAUCGGUGGAGGCCUCUUCGGUCUGGACAUAUCUUCCAUGUCCGCGGCGUUGAACAACCCCGCGUACACGAAUACUUUCAACAACCCCACUGCCAAUGCACAGGGUGCCAUCGUUGCUUCUAUGCCCGCUGGCUCCCUGAUUGGAGCCCUUUCUGUUACCUACCUUGGUGACAAGCUUGGGCGCAAAAAGACGAUCAUCCUUGCUGCUCUUUUCUGGGUCAUUGGUUCUAUCCUCCAGUGCGCGUCAGUCAACCGUGGCAUGCUCGUCGUUGGCCGUAUCAUCUCCGGCUUAUCCGUCGGUAUCUCUUCUGCCGUUGUUCCUGUCUAUCAGUCCGAGAUCGCUGCACCUGAAAUUCGUGGCCGCCUGGUUGCCUUCCAACAAUGGUCCAUCACUUGGGGUAUCUUGCUUCAGUACUUUGUUCAGUUCGGUUGUUCGUACAUAAAUGGUACUGCCUCAUUCCGUAUCCCAUGGGGUCUCCAGAUGAUCCCCGCCAUCAUUCUUGCCUUCGGUAUGAUAGCGUUCCCCGAGUCCCCCCGUUGGCUCGUCGAUCAUAACCGCGAGGCAGAGGCUUUGGAGAUCCUUGCUGACCUCCACGGUGGAGGCAACCAGCAGGAUGACCUCGUCGUUCUAGAGUUCGAGGAAAUUAAGUCACAGGUUUACUUCGAACGGACUGAAGGUGCCAAGUCCUGGUCAGACCUCCUCAAGCCCGGUGUGUCGCGCCGUGUCGUCCUUGGCUCAUCUCUCCAGAUGUGGUCUCAGCUUACUGGUAUGAAUGUUAUGAUGUACUAUGUCGUCUACGUCUUUGAGGGUGCUGGUCUUACUGGUCGUCGCGCGAAUCUUAUUGCAGACUCUGUGCAAUAUGUCCUUAACGUCUCCUUCACUGUCCCUGCAAUCAUUUACAUCGACAAAUGGGGACGCCGCCCGAUGUUUAUUUACGGUUGUCUUAUCAUGGGCUUCUGGCUCUACCUCGUCGGUGGUCUCCAGGCCCGCUUCGGCCAAUGGGGAACUGUCGACGGUGCUACUACAUGGGUGGUAAUCAACAAUCCCGCCGCCACAAAAGCCAUAAUCGUGUGUUCCUACUUUUUCGUAUCUUCCUUCGCCAUUACGAUGGGUCCCGCCUCCUGGACCUACCCUGCCGAGAUCUUCCCCAUGCGUGUGCGCGCCAAGGCUGUCUCUCUCUCCACGGCCACGAACUGGUUGUUUAACUUCGCCUUGGCAUGGGCUGCACCUCCAAUGUUGGCCCAUAUCCAAUGGAAGACGUAUUUCGUGUUCGGGACGUUCAACUUCGCAGCCUGCAUCCACUUCUUCUUCUGCUUCCCCGAGACAGCACAGCGCUCGUUGGAGGAGAUCGAGGAUGUGUUCGCACAGGGCCACGAGUACAACGCCUGGGCUGUGUCGAGGUCCGUGGGCAAGAGGGACUUGGCGGAUGUACUUACAAACAAGGGGGAUGAGAAGGAGUCAGUCGACGCUUAA